GUCUUUUAACAUUAGAUUUUCAGUUUAUUAUUUAAUCAUAUAUGUGUAUUGGGUGGGAAGGUGGGUGCUGUAUUCCAGUGAGAGAAAAACGGUAGAUUGAGGGCUUGUUUAGACAAAGUAUUUGAGCUACCUCAUCACACUGCUGGUCUGUGUACAACUUCUUAUUCAAGUUUGGUCCUGCAUGCUUUUCUUGGAUUUGUGUGUCAGCAGUGCAGAGAGAAGACAAGAAGUGCCUUUUAAAAUGUGGGAAGGAAGAAAACUGCUUAUUGCUGCAUUCAUUUUCACAGCUCUCUCCUGCAAAGUGACGAGUGUAAAACCGCUGGACAUGGCCCCAGAUGGUGUGGAUGGCCCGUACGUUGGAUGCCGUAAAGAGGCCAUGGAGAAGAUUAUCCACUCUGGCCUGUUAAGACAAGAGCUGAAUGCAAGUGAGGGCUUCCAGAAAGCAUGGAGUGCAAAUGUCCAGUGCCCAAAACUGAUCCCUGGAGGAACAAAAGAACAUACUGCUGCACUUUUGACAUAUGCCAAUGGAGAUGAAGAUUUUAAAAAGAACUUUAACGAUGCAGUGAAGACAUUCGGUGGAAAUGCUAGUACCUACGAAAACCAUUUCCAUUUCAAGUCCCUUCACUUCCUGCUCAUGGAUUCAAUGUUUCUGCAGAAUCCAAAUAAGUGCCAGACAGUGUAUAUUCUUCAGGAACACUACACAGCAAAAAAAGGCUUAAAGGUGACAUUUGGAAAGUUCACCGAAGUUCAUUCAGAUUAUAAUUCACUCAAGAAAAUGGAAGAUUUUGACGGACAAGUCCUUCUUAAUAUCACUUCAUGCAUCUUUGUCAACCUGGGAGUGGACAUUUGCCGCAAAGAACAGGAUAUGACACUCAUAUCUCCGACUGAAGUCUUCACUGUAGAGGAAGUAAAAAAUAUAUAUGAUGAUAUAAAUGAUUCUAGAUACACGGAGUUCAUUUUGAAACACUCAGAACAGGACAGGAUGCAACACUGUUACUUUUUUUCAAGGUCCCCAGCUGAUGUCUCCCCCCAGUGGCUUGUGUUUGUGCUUGUGGCUUCAUCUCUUAUUACCUUUCACUAUUGAGAACAAAUGAAAAAAAAAAACAAUCAGAAGCUCAUACUGCACUGAGAGUCAUCACACCAAAAAACGCUGCUUUGUUUGCACAGUCAAAGAAUGAAAUCUGUUUUGCUGUGAUGUCUGCAAUGAGGUGUAGCAAACUUUUGUGCUAAUCUGCAGAAAAGUUGUAUGUAGCGUUGUAUCACUGUUUUUUUCAAUCACAUUUUCUUUACACAUAUGUUGGAGUAUGUAAGUAUGUAACCUAAAUCUCUGUAACCGAACAAUGAUUUCAGCUAAAGUGUGAUUAUAAUGCUAGGAUAGGGAACAAGUUUCAUGUGACAUGAGCCCUUAAGGAUCUGUCCAAGAAAGGUUAAAAUUGUUAUGCAAUUGCAAAAAUUAUGAAGUGAGAAUGUUGAAACUACCGUUAGAGGAAUUGAAAUGCUAUUGGUCAUUUAGGAGUGUCAUGUUAAGGUCAUCCGUAAACAGUGACAAAAAUGAGGAAAUAUUUUUGUAUAUGUGUGGACAUUCAGUUAUUUACUGUUUAUUGAGUUGCUUUUAAGAAUUCUGAACAUUGUGCUCACCCUGGGAGGGUGAGAGUUUUUCUACUUGCAGCAACCAAGAGAAAAACUCCUUCACAUAUUAGCAAAAUACUGUAUGUUAUCAAUAGCUCUAAGAUAAGGUGAUUAUUUUUUUAUACAAAUGAGCAGAGAGAAAGGAAGGGGGGGUGAACGAAGUGCAACAAGAUUCGAUUGCCCCCAAAUAAAGCAAUUUCAUGUUUUAAUGCAGCUUUUAGAUUGAGCAGUUGAGCUUUUCAUAAACAAAUAAACUGGCUGAACUGGU